GAACAAGGUUUACUGGCAGCACUUUCAGUUUGCUGGUAUUCAUUGCGAGGCAGAAGCAAAACAAACUAUUUUUUUCUCUUGAACAUUUUAACAAUUCUAUUUUUAUUUCACCAUAAAUUAAAAAGUAUUGAAGAGUGUUUUGCAACCUAAACAUAAAAAGUGCGCAAUAGUUUGAAAGCAUACGAGACAAAAAAGAAGCAUUAACCAAUAGAAACAUAAAAUUUCAUGUUAAAGUAGAGAGAACGAAAAUAUUGAAAAGACUAAAAAUUGAUUUUAUUGGAGAGCGAGUCAAAAAUAUACAGAUUAUUUAAAGACAAACCAACUGGAGGCCUUAAACUAGGCGCAGUAAUGAGUGGUGGUAAUGCGAAUUCGGAACGCGCCACCACGGGACAAAAUUCAAAGACUGAUGGAAAUACUGUGGACCGAGCUAAUGGAUGGCUAUCAUAUAUAGUGCCCAGCAUGCAAAGGAAAAUCACAAAAUUAAACUAUGACUUAAUUGAGGAAUGUAAACGGUGUAAGGAAGACUCGAAUUUAACAAAAAGUAUACGCGAUGAACUUGAAAGUUAUUGCCGUGACAUACGUAGAGAAAUCGUUAAGAAAAUGCGAAAUGGUUGCGCUCCACUCUUUAUUGCCUGCAAACGGGGUUGUGUGCCUAUUGCGGAAUACUUGGUCACUGUAUGUGAGGCCGAUGUUGAACAACGAGGCUUAUAUGAGGUACCUGAAGAUCAUACCUUCCAUUAUGUUACACCGCUAUGGUGCGCUGUAGUGUCUGGAAAAUUGCCGAUGGUCAAAUAUUUGAUACGCAUAGGCUGUGAUAUAAAUGCAACCUCCGAUUCAGGUUCAACGCCCGUGCGCAGCGCCUGUUUUAUGACACAUGUCGAAAUCGUGCAAUAUUUGGUUGAAGCUGGUGCCAAUAUUAAAAAACCCAACAUAAAUGGCGGCACAUGCCUGAUCAAUUCUGUGCAAUCACCACAAUUAUGUUUAUAUUUAAUAAAAAAAGGCGCUGAUGUCAACGCCAAAGAUAUACAAGAGAAGACUGCCCUACAUUAUGCCAUACAGGAACAUAGAUUAGAAACUACCAAGUUAUUAUUGGACCAUGGUGCCGAUCCAUAUGUCAAGAGUCGCUACGGUGAUGAUGCGAUGCGCACUGCUUGCAUAAAAGGAGCAAAUCAAAUAUUCGAUUAUUUGAAAACACAUCUAGAGUAUUCGCCUGAACGCAUGGCCGAAGCGCACGAGUUGAUCGGCUCCACAUAUUUGGACGAGCAUAAUGAAACUAGAGUAGCAAUACUUCAUUGGCGUUUGGCACAUCACAUACGCGCUUCACACACACCCUACCUUCAAAAAUUACCAAUGGUGCCACUACGUCCUGCCUAUGGUAAUGCCAUUGAAUUUACAACACUUGAGGAGCUGGACAAUAUCGCCACCGAUGUGGAUGCAAUGCGUAUACAAAGUUUAUUGAUUUGCGAACGUAUACUUGGUUUAACGCACAAAGAUAUGCUAUUUCGUUUAACUUUUCGUGGCGCUUCGUAUGCCGACUCACUACAACUACAACGCUGCAUCGAUUUAUGGCGUCUAUUGUUGGAAGUGCGUGUACAACAUUACUCUAUACUACAUUUCGAUACUUGUUAUGCCGCCCAAACAUUGGUACGUUUAAUGAUCGAUUUACAUGAACGUUAUUUGCGUAGUCUUGAUCUACUUAAUCGCCAAUUCGACCUUCGUGAAUUCUUUGGCGAAGAAUUUGAAGAUGAUGUGGGCAAAGAUGAACAUCUGCCAGUUUUUGAAGAUGUAAUGGGCGUAUUUCGCCUACUAAGUGGUACCGUUGCAGAGGCGCAACAAUUGUUGCAGGUGCGACCUGUUUAUCGUAAACAGCAAGAAAAUUUCGAUCGCAUAUUAAAAUGCAUAGCGCAUUUAAUUUACCUAUUAAUAGGCACUGCUGAUACGAUUGAAAAACGAAAGUCGGUUUACUAUGCUGUGUACGAUUUGGUGCAUACAAGAGUGCGUAGCGCAUGUACUUACGAUACGUUGCUGCAUUUGUGCGUUUCGCGUUUGAAUGUUAUCAAGAGCGGUUAUUUAAGCGAUGAGAACCACUUAAACAUUGUGUUUCCAAAUGAGCUGGUUGUUAAACUAUUGCUUGAUUGCGGUAUGAAUGUGAAUGCUAAAAAUGAGGCCAAAUCAACGGCAUUACAUGUUGCUGUACAACCCUAUAAUUAUAGCAAUCGAAUAAUACAUUUGUUAUUGGAAAAUGGUGCGGAUUUGGAUCAACCGAAUAAAUCUGAUGAGCGUCCAUUUAACUUAAUCGCUAGUAAUCCCAUCAAUACAAUACCGUUAAUAAAUUAUAUGAAUCUCAGGUGUAUGGCUGCAACUGUAAUCAGUAAAUAUAAAAUUCCUUACCGCAAUCAAUUACCGAAAUUGCUGGAGAAAUUUGUCAGUCAACAUGAACCUUGAAAAAAUACGUAAAUGCCAAAACGUAAUGUCUGAAUGCAAACAUUUUUCAAUCGUAUUUAAUAAAUAAACAUACUGCAUACCUAAAAUUAAUAAAGCAUAAUCAUGCAGAUAAACAUACAUACAUAAAUAAAAUGCAAAUAUAAGUAAUUAAAUUAGAAUGAAACAAACGAAAAAGUGCAUACCAAAUCAGACUGUCAGUGUUCGAAAACAAUAAGCACAAUAAGCUCGACAAAUGGUUGCAUGACAUUUGAAAAAGCGACGAUUUUUCUUACACAUUCAUUAACAGUUCAUAAAAUUAAUGUACAGUUCAUUAUAAAUAAUUUAACAACAAUAAAGCACACAAAAACAAGAUUUACACAAACAACUACAUAUGUGCGUAACUUUCAGUUGCAGUCAACUACACAAAUUGUGCUUUAAUUGGUGGCUAUUGUUUUCGAACACAGUCAUAAUGUAUUAGAAAUAGGAUGAUCAUACAUACAUAUACAAGGAUAUAUACAUACGUAUUCUUAAAUUAUCAUACAAGAAAUUGCCACUAAGUUGUAAAUUUAAACAUUUUAAUAAUAAAUAGUGUAAUAAGCAUAAAGUAGUGGAGUUUCCCCACGCUAGUAUUUACAUACUACUACUACUACGUGUACUAAAAUAUUUAUGACAAACAAUUUGUUUACGUUUCAACUGAUGAUUUCAACGAUCAAACUUAGCAUAUGUAUAAAAUUUGAAAGAAAAAAAAACGAAUCUGUUAUAUUAUACAAAACAUAUGUAAGUACAUAUAUACACAUACAUAUAUCUAUAUAUAUAAAUAUAUAUAUAAAUAUAUAUAUAAAUAUAAAUAUGUAUACGAGUACAUGUUGUGAACGAUAUUUUACUCUUAUGAGCUUAUAAACAGUAGUUGCGUAAAUAGUCUAAAAUACUGCAUUAAAUACUUAAAUACAUACAUACAGACAUGCGUACUAUAUACAGUAUCUUUUAAUAUACGAAACAUACAUACGUACAUACAACAUGAUAUAUAUCUUUUAAUAAACGAAAUACACGCAUACAUAUACAUUUAUAAACUAAAAAUAAAUAUAAAAAUUGAAGAACAAAUAAUUUCUUUACAAUUAUUUUGACACAAAGCAAUGUGUAGCACACAAUCAGCAUCAAAGUCCGAAUGAGUUGUGAGUUGUACUGCUGCUGCAUUUGUGUCUUUAAAUAUAUAUAGUUAUUGAAGUUUUAAUAUAAAAUUUUUCAGCUCAUAUUUUAUAGUUUUAUACACAACAAAACGAAUCAAUAACAAAAAUGUUUUUUUUAUUCAAAAUUUUUACAGAAUAUUAUCACUAAUGUUGGAUAAAUAUUUCAUAUUUUUAUAUAUCGCGGUUUAUUUUAAAUUAACUCAGAAACUAGUUCCAUAAAAUAAUAUUAUAAGAGUAUUCGUUAUAAUAUGAGAUAGUUUUAAAAUUUAAAGUUGAAAUAUUUUCAAAUAUUUAUAAAAUAAUAAAAUAAUUAAUGGACCUAAUCAUUGAAUCCGCAGCGAAUAAAGAUUUUCGAUCGAAAAUUUUCAUGCAAUCAUUGAUUCCGUUGAUAAACUGCUUUAUCAUAAAGUGAAAACGUAAAACUGUUUUAUCGACCUUUAUCGAAUAAUGCGACAAAUUUGAUAAAGUUUCUGUGCUUUUUGUUUUGAUAAAAAAAAAAUAAAUAAAUAAAACUGACCUUUAGCUGUUGUGAAAUUUCUUCCAAAAAAAUAUUUAAUUUGCCUGAGGCUCUUUGAGAAAAUUCUUUCGCUAUUUCGUGGGGGCAACUUUAUAUCGCUUUUAAACAUCUUUAAUUUAUAUUUGUUAGUCCGUUUUUUCUCUUGUCUCUGAAAUACCCAUUUAAAACAUAAUUUAGCCCGCCAUCAGUAAUUAUUUAAUUAUAUCAUUAACAUUUCCGCAACUCAUUCACCAACGGUUAGAUUUCGAUCAAAAUUUUCGAUUUUGCGGAUUCAGUGAUUUCGUAAUUAGCGACUUCUAUUAGCCGCGGAAUGUAUUUUUUCGAGUCGGUAAGUGAGUUCAAUGUGAUCGUAAAUCUUAUUUUCGGAUUCAUUGAUUAGGCCCAAUAAGUAAUAAUUGACAAAUUUAGUUCGUCUUGGCUGAUCCUAUAUUGUAGAUACAAAGGAAUGCAUUUCGUACUAUAGUGUCUACAAUGCCUUUUUCAGACUUUUGUCCAUGUGUUUCAUUAUUUUUACUAUAAUUUAAGCUAUUUGCUAUAAUUUGAACAGAUCAUUCUUCAUUUUCUUGAAACUCUUUACACGUUUGUUCUAAUUUUUUUAAUUGAUAAUUUUCCGUGUUUAUACCGUCGCAACAACAGUUGCAAAGAGAGUAUUAUAGAUUUGUUCACAUAACGGUUGUUUGUAAAACCUUAAACUAAAAGAGUUAGAUAUAGACUUCAUAUAUACCAAAGUGAUCAGGGUGACGAGUAGAUUUGAAAUCAGGAUGUCUGUCCGUCCGUCCGUCUGUGCAAGCUGUAACUUGAGUAAAAUUUAAGAUAUCUUGACAAAACUUGGCACAAAUAAUUGAAAUCGGAUAAUAACCACGCCCACCUCCCAUACAAAGGUUAUGUUGAAAAUAACUAAAAGUGGGUUAACUCACUAACGAAAAUCGCCAGAAACAUUAAGUUACAGAAGAAAUAGCAGAAGGAAGCUGCACUCAGAUCUUUUUACAAAUGGAAAAUGGGCGUGGCAUCGCCCACUUAUGGGUCAAAAACCAUAUCUCAGGAACUACUCGACCGAUUCGAAUGAAAUUCGGUAUAUAAUAUUUUCUUGGCACCCUGAUAACACGCAUAAAAAAUGGGCGAAAUCGGUUCGCAACCACGACUACUUUCCGUUUAACUCAAUUUUGAAUUCCAUCUUAUUCCUUCACUUUAUAAGAUUUAUAUAAGAAACCAAUGAAGUUAGCGGAAUAAAACUGUACACAAAUAUUGCAUAUUCUCUGGCUUCAUUUGUGAAAAAAUUGUCGAAAACGUACUAUAACUUUUCAAGGCCCCAGAUAUCGAACAUGUUGAACUCAGCGCCUAAGGAUAAAUUUUAAACGAAAAUAUGGGUAAAUCUCUCAGCUAAUAUAAUGUUAUUCAAAAGAAAUUGAAAAUUGUCCAAUAGUGUGUCUAUAUUCCAAAAAUUAUUAAAAUCGGGUCAUAACAUCUCCAUAUACCUCAUUGUAGGUUUUUCAAAAGUAUCUUCUCAUAGCUCCCAUAUACCUAAUUAUAGGUUUUUCAAAAAUACGGUGGGCUUUAUUUCGCAUAUAUGUAUUGGUUAACUUGCUGGUGAAAAUUAAUGAAAUCGGUUCAUAUACUAUAUAUGACGAUUUUCGUUAUUCUAUUAAACUUUAAACUGAAUUUAUGGGUUAAUUUGUAUGUUAUCUUAAUAAAAUUUCUUCAAUAAAUUGCGUAUAAGUAUAAAAUGUUCGGUUGCACUCGAACUUAGCCUUUCCUUACUUGUUCUCUAUAUAAUGCUAUGCUCUAUCACAGUAGAAAAACACAUUGCUUAAAUUAAUUUUAAUUAAUUAAUAUUGCUUCUAGAUUAUGGAACUCUACUUACCUAAUCUAAUUUUGAUAAAAUUUUUUAGGUUAUAGUUUAUUUUUUGAAGGAAAUGUCUAACACUCCUAUUUUUUUUGUGGAAAACAAAACCAAGUAUUGCCGAUAACUUGCAAAGCUGUACCUAAAUAACGGUCAAUACAAGAAAAAUUGAAUUGGUAUGAUAAAGCCAGUAUCCGGUUAUAUAAACCGUUUUUUAUGCCAUAAUUUUCUUGUGAUCCUAAUAAGUUCUGCAGCCAAAUACAUUUUUCAUAUUGACACUCCUAUUAUUUUGUGCACAACUGUAUAUAUGUACAUAUAUAAUCUAAUAGUUUAAUAUUGAUACUCAUACGAAAAAGUCAUUUUAACAACUCUUUUAGUUUUGCUUGAGCGCAACGCUUAGUUGUACAACGCACACUUUUAUGAAUUAUGCUGUGUAAACUGCAGCGCUUUUCUUAAACUCAUUCAUUUUAUGAAAGCUCUCACCGAACCUACAGCCAUAUGUACAGAUGUAUGUAUGUCUGUCUGUAUGCGCAGCAGCAACGCACUCAACAGGUUGAAGUGAGAAAGCCCAAUUGUUGGACAAUCAGUCCGUUGCGGAAACACUGACGAGGAGGUUGUGAGUCAAAAGCAUUGACGCUGUUACGGCAAACCGCGUUGAAAUCUACACAAACACACAUACACACACAAGCGUUUAUACUGUAAACGCGUCUAUACAUACAUACAUACAUAUAUAAUAUCGUA